ACCACAUCAAAUCGGAAUCCAUUACCUAGUAGCUCCAAUCCACAUUCACGAUGGCGGAAGUCCGCGCUCGCAAACCAGUCCCCAAGGCCUGUGAGCCCACACGACAACCAGAAGAGGAAGACAAGUCUAAAACAAAGCGACCAAAACAAUCCAGCGAUGUCGAUCUCGAACCCAACAUCUUCGUCGUGGCAGGCAUGUUCCUCGCCUUCACUCUCGUACUCGGCUCGAUCUUCUACUACAAAGUCGACAAUCGCUCCCCACCCGGUCCAUUCGCAAGCUGGGUCAACGAGAAAUACCCAUGGAUCGACAACGCCCUCAACCGCCCCCGUGCCUCCGCUCCCGCCUUCGGAGCCCAAGCCCAAGAAGUCACCGGCCAAAUCUCCCUCACCGAAGAAGACCUCAAAGCCUACGACGGCACCGACCCCGAAAAACCCAUCUAUCUCGGCAUCAACGGCACGAUUUUCGACGUCUCGGCUUCCCCGGCUUUCUAUGGACCAAGAGGGCACUACAACCAUUUCGUCGGCAAAGAUGCGACUCGAGCCUGGGUUACGGAAUGUUGGGACGAGGCGGAACAGUUUACGUGGAGGAUGGAGGAUGUGGAAGUCAUGUUUAUGCCGAAAUGGAUGGAUGAGAUGUUGCAAGGUGCCGCUUCCGGGGAUUAUGAGGGCGAUCUCGCGGCUCUUGAGGCUAUGCCGAAGGAAAUGAUUGCGAAUAUGGCGGCUAAGGCGAUUGAGAGGUUUGGGGAGGUUACGGAGGAGGAGAAGCUGAAGAGACGGGUGCAGGAUGAGAAGGAGGCGCUGGAGAAGGUUGAGGAGACGCUUGCGCAUUGGGUGAAGUUUUUUCGCGGUAAUGCUAAGUAUCAGGAGGUUGGGAAUGUUGUUAGGGAUGAAACCAGACCGGCUCCGCCUAAGCCUUGUGAGGCUGCUAUGAAGAAGAGACCGAUGAAGGGUGGGAAGUUGGAGAGUAUUAUGGCUGGUCUGGGACCUAUGAUGGGUGGUCAGCCGGCUCCUGGUGGGAAGGGAGGUGCUGCUGCGGGUGGUAUGCCUACGGCUGUUAAGGACAAGUUGGAAGCGGCGAAGAAGAAGGCGGAACAAGCGAAGGAGAAAGCUAAGGAGACGGUUGAGGAGUUGUUUUCGGAUGAUGAGGAGGAUCUGGUACACGAGGAGUUGUAGAUAGUAUGAGAUCAUGACGGGAUGACAGUACGUAUUGUACA